GAUCUGGAGAAGGGUGGGAUCCAGCUGGAUGACGAGGAGGUCCGCUCCCUCCAGGAGCAGCUGGCAGGCCUGAAGGAGAUGACAGGAGGGGGGGCUGAAAGCCCCAGACAUCCAGAAGGUCAGCAGCAGGUCACCAAGGACCCUCCAAAAGCUGCCAAAGCCGUUUGUGCAUCUUCUUCUGUGAAGAGGACGAGUCUUUCACCGAAGACGGACUGGACCUGCAUUACUGGAAACACUGUCCGAUGCUGCAUCGAUGCCACGAAUGUGGACAGGUGGUGGAGGUCUCUGGACUCAGCCGUCACCUUUUGGACGAAUGUGAGAGCAGGUCCGGGUUCAGGCCGUGUCCCCGCUGCUCCCAGGCUCUGCCCGCCGAGGAUUUGACCCCACACCUUCAGGGCUCCUUCUGUCACCGUGACUCCUGGGAGCGUCUAGAGGAGGAAACCACUGUCCGCUGUGCCACAGCAGCUUCCUGCCAGGAGAGGAGAUCUGACUCCAUGAAAGGGUGCUGUGUUCCCGCACUGGGCUCUGACCAUCACCAAGGGCUGAUGGGAAAACUCCUGUUCCAGGGCUGACUUACUGAGGUGCUUUGUCCCCAGGAGCCUGGAAGGCUCACCUGAUGGGCAAGGAGGGCUGCAAAAAAAACGCACGCAGGACUGCGGUCCCCUGGAAAAGGAAGGGCUGAUACACUGAAGCCCUGGUGUUCAGCGGGGGCCAGAGUUGUUCCUGUGGACAGGAGUCGGCUCCCCUUCCUGGUUCCGGUCAACACAAAACCCACACAAGGCAAACACUGAGGGACCGCCUGUUCAACGGUUCCCUUUCCCGCUCCAUGACCAGAGUAAACCGUGUUUCUGAUGGGAAACAGAAUGAUACCCAAAGAUGGAGCUGCCACCCUCGUCGGUCCAGAGACAAUCUGAACCUUUUUUCAACUGUGGAGGCUGAACUUCCACCAGAAUCCUUUACAACAAAUCAGCUGAGUGAAAUCCUGAAGAGGAUUCCUGGGACUCUCUCAUGUAUUACAAACAUCAUCUGGGUUUUCUGUUCAUUUUAAAGCUCCGGUUCUGGUGGUGUGAGUCUGCGGACCUUCUGAAACUCCAGCUUCAGCCGGAGCUUCGAGCUUCUUUCUUUAGCGUCCAAACUGCAUUAGCUCCUCCAGCAGAAAUGAAACAGAAUUGAACGUAUUUGAAGUAUUUUCUGAAACCACAGAUUUGUCAGAAUCUUGUUGUAUUUUUCCAGCAAAUGUAUUUAUAUUUGUGUAAUAAAGCAGCUCUGCUCUGAA